AUAGCCGCUCACCUGCGCGUAUAUUCAUCUAUUCAAAUUCAAGCAAAUUUGACAUAGAGCACAUAGCUCUCUUCUAGCUCUAAUCUAACAUCAACCACGUCCAAACCCAAACCAAAAUGACAUCCACAUCCACCCUCCCUCCUCCAAAAGACACCUUCACAACCGGCUACAACAAAGCGUCCCUCGACCGCUACGCCUUCCGCAACGUCCAAACAUGCUGCACCUACCUCCUCCCCUACCUGUCCGCCCUGCCCCCAAACUUCACCUUCCUGGACCUAGGCUGCGGGCCCGGCUCCAUAACCGCUGACCUCGCGUCCCGCUUCCCAGAUGCCCAUUUCACAGGCGUUGACCCCGCGCAACUCUUCAUCGACAAAGCCGUUGCGCUGGCUGCAGAGCGGGGCGUUAGUUCGAACACGUCAUUCAUCAAAGGAGCCGUGGAGAGCUUGAAGGAAGUCCUCGGGGACAAGUGGGGCACGUUCGACGUGGUGCAUUGCCAUCAGGUGCUGAACCACAUUAAAGAGGCAGUGGCGGCGAUGCAGACGAUGAAGGGGGCUGCGAGGGCGGAUGGAGGGCUGGUUGCGGCAAGGGAGGCGACGACGACGAAUGGGGAUGUGUUCUAUCCGCUUCUUCCGGGGAUAGCUGCGUGGCAGAAGCUUACGGGUGAGAUUAUUGGCGCGCAGAAGAGCGGGCCGGUGUCGGGGCUUGGGCCUAGGUUGUUGGAGGUUGCGUUGGGGGCUGGGUGGAGGAGGGAGCAGAUUAAGGCGGGGGCGAGUUCGUGGUGUUAUAGUGAGCCGCCGGAGAAGAAGAUGUGGGUUGAGAGUAUGGUGGGGAUGUUGCAGAAUAAGGAGUCGGAUUGGUAUAAGAAGGCAGUGGGGACGGGAGUCAAGGAGGAGGAACUGGAGGAGAUGGUGGAGGCUUGGAAGGAGUGGGAAGGGAGGGAUGAGAGUUGGUGUGUUUUUGUUAGUGCGGAGGUUGUUUGUCGGAAUGGUUGAGUGUGUAUGGAAAAUUAGAAUCGAGGAACGGUGAGCUCGUACUAUCUGCUGCCGUUUGGUGUGCUUCAAUGUAUGUACCGUACAGCACCAAACCAUAAAUUUAGGCACUCCUUGCAACUGCUUGGGGUACCUCAAUAGGCUAUUGGAAUAAUAAUUACUAUGUGCAGG